CAUCACAAUGCAAACUUUCUCCGCAAUCUCGUACUAUAGUACCAGCACAGUGACUCUAGUUCAUCUUGGAUUUGCACAGCCCACCUGCUCCGAGGGACCGCUGCCGUUGCCGUUCAAGCCCUAAAGUGUGCUCGUCACUGCUUUUUACUACUUUCGUCCUCGGCGUUAAUCCGCUUGUACCCAAAACUUCGAUUAACCCCUUGAACCACCCUGCUCCAGUCACCCACAGCCAAUCCCUUCUCACUACCAAGGCCCAUCCAAGGCCCCUCCAAGUCCCCUCUCCCCCAAUCCCCCAAGGCUCCUAAGAGACCCUAAGGUCCAUCUGAGGUAGUACCGCCAAUGCCCCCUGACGCCCCAAGAUUGAUUGAUCUGGGUAGAGAUAUGAAGCAUCGUCGGACCGCCUUUGUUUGAUCUUGCUCGUAUUUCCCUCCUCUUGUCUCUGUAUUCAUCUUCCUGCCGUUCGCACCUUCCUUUCUGUGCGAAUUGCUGCGUCUUUUUUCUCUCAGUCGCGCCUUCUCGACACUCUUUUAACAACUAUUAAACUACUUACCUUUGGGUUUCUUUCGUUAACUUAACAAUUGAUCGUCCAAUUGACUAAACGGCUCCAACUAUCUUUCCAAGUAUCGCAAUCAUCAUCAACAGACCCAGUUCUUACGAUUCCGAUCUUCAGAGAGAGUUUACAAGAUCAUCAUGAAGUCCUACAGUCUUGCGUCUGCUGCGGCUACAGCAUUCGCUGGAGCUGCCCUGCUUGUCUCAUCUGUCAAGGCGGAUGUGGACCCCAUCGUGAUCAAGGGCUCCCACUUCUUCUACAAGACGAACGGCACCGAAUUCUUCAUUAAGGGUAUCGCAUACCAGCAAGAGGCAGCCGCCAACGGCACCGCGUCCACCUCGAUCGAUUUCACCGACCCUCUGGCUGAUGAGGCCAGCUGCGCUCGCGAUGUGCCAUUGUUGGCUGAGCUCGGCACCAACGUUGUCCGCGUCUACGCGAUUGACCCCACUAAGGACCACAAGAAGUGCAUGACUCUCCUCGAGGAGGCCGGCAUCUACGUUAUCCAGGAUCUUUCCAACCCCCAGAACUCCAUCAUUCGCGACCAGCCGGAAUGGACCACCUCCAUCUUCGCGGGCUAUGCCGCUGUCAUCGACGAGAUGGCCCAAUUCACCAACACCCUAGGCUUCUUUGCUGGUAACGAAGUCUCCAACCAGGCUAACAACACCGACGCCAGUGCUUUCGUCAAGGCCUCCGUUCGUGAUUCCAAGGCUUACAUCAAGGCCAAGGGUUACAGAGCUAUCGGUGUCGGUUACGCUACCAACGAUGAUGCUGAGAUCCGUGACGAUCUUGCUGAUUACUUCAACUGCGGAAAGGCCGAGGAGUCCAUCGACUUCUGGGGUUACAACAUCUACUCUUGGUGCGGAAAGUCUACCUUCCAGAAGUCCGGAUAUGAUGUCAGGACCAAGGAGUUCGAGACCUACAACGUUCCCGCUUUCUUCGCUGAGUACGGUUGCAACGAGCCAUCUCCCCGUGUCUUCACUGAGGUUGAGGCUAUCUACGGUCCCCAGAUGACUGGUGUCUGGUCCGGUGGUAUCGUCUACAUGUACUUCCAGGAGGCCAACAACUACGGUCUCGUCCAGGUCAAGGACAACGCCGUCUCCAAGCUCGCUGAUUUCAAGGUCCUCGCCAGCCAGGUUGCCAAGGUCUCUCCCAGCGGCGUCUCCAUGGCUUCCUACACCCCCACCAACACUGCUGCCCGCACCUGCCCAUCUGUCAACGCCGGCUGGGCCGCCAGCAGCACCCUCCCCCCGGCAGCCAACUCCCAGGUCUGCGACUGCAUGGUCAAGUCCCUCAGCUGCAAGGCCAAGUCCGGCAUGAAGGGCAAGGACAUCGCCACUCAAUUCGACUACGUCUGCGGUAACGACGCUGCCGCCUGCGCCGGCAUCAACGCCAACGCCACCACCGGCAAGUACGGCGCCUACUCCAUGUGCACGUCCGAGCAGAAGCUCUCCUUCGCCUUCGACCAGUACUACCAGUCCCAAGGCAGCAAGGCCACCGCCUGCGACUUCAGCGGCACCGCCGAGAUCCAGGCUGGCUCCACCGCCAGUGAGUGCACCACGCUCCUCGCGGCUGCUGGCAAGGAUGGCUCCGGAACCGUCGGCUCUGUCGGCACUAGCACUGGCGGCAGCGCCUCGGAGACCUCUACGAACGCUGCUGCUGGCUCCAUGGUCCCGCGCUUCGAGAUGGGUGCUCUGUCCAUGGGCUCGUACGUCUUCGCUACCGUGCUUGCGGGUAUGGGUAUGAUUCUUCUGUAAACCAAAAAUCAAGAAACCAAGAAACGCAAUAAUCCAAAUUCAAAGUUUUGGGGGGCGCUUAUUAUCCAUAGUCGUGGUGUGUGUGUUUUUUUUUAUGUUUAUACCUGAGUAGUUGUAGUGAGGGAGGGAGGGGACCAUGUUUUUAUUUUUAUGAUUCUUUUGGAGCAUUCAUUGCUGGUGGAUGAUGGGGUGCGAGUUUCAAUCAAAGAUAUCUUUUGAGUUUGGCUUGGCAUGAGGUUGGAUAGUGGUGGAUAGAGGGGGGUGUGUGUAGUAGUGUAUUGGGAAGUAAUUCGUGCUUAAUUAGAUG